UUUCAUUUGUUAAUUACAUUAUUAAUUUAAAAAUAUUAAACAAUUUAUACAUUAUUUGCAUGUACUUAUUGUUUAAAGCAAUUUUGUUUUUAAUUCCUUUUGUAAGGUAAUCGAGUUGCUUUUGUUUAAAAAAAUAUCGAAUCGAAAUUGGUUAUUAAAUAUUAAAAAACACUCAAAUCCAGCAGGCUGAGUUGCGGGAAACGUCGGUUGCGAUCAACAACAUGGUUUUGUUUUGUACCUUAUACGAAUAAGUCAGUUUUUGGCUGUUUUUUUGGAAUUUUUUCCUGAUAAACUUUUCACGAGACUGAGUUUUCGUGAGAAGAGGCCUAUUUUACACAGGAACGGGAAUUUUGAACGCUAUUGGGACGAACAAUUUGAACGAUGGGUACAAACACUAAAGAAGCCUUUCCCGAAUCAAAAGAGUUUUUAGACAGGACCGAGGAACUGGGCAACUUGUCAGGUACUAUUUUCGAAGAGAACGGGAAAAUAUGCAAUGCUGAUCCGUUGGAAGAUGCUCUAUUGGCUGAUCCAGACUGUUGUGGAUUGUGUGGUAACCCUUUGGUGGUGCCUCGCAUGCUGUUCUGCCUCCAUGUGUUCUGUGAGGGAUGCAUCGAUAAGAAAUUUGUUGGUGAAGGUGGUGAUGCCGGCACAGCAGACACAUCAAUCACUUGUCCAACUUGCAGCUAUGUUUCCAAGGUUGGCGUCAAGAAAAUGGCCGCAUUGCCAUUAGACGUGACCAAGACGAACAUUUCAGACGUAUCGAACGUGCCGAGCCUCUAUUGCACCUCGUGCACCGCCAAAGAAGUGGCCACGUCACGUUGCAGCACCUGCCACAACCUGCUCUGCAACAACUGCGAGUCCGCCCACCAUUACAUGCGCUGCUUCGAAACCCACGAGGUAGUCGCGUUGGAGGAUAUGCGCAAAGACGGUAUCAAAAUCACCGUCCACAAACCACUUAUUUGCGACAUCCAUCCGGGCGAGAACGUGAUCUUCUACUGCACGAGCUGUCGCGUGACUGCAUGCGCCGAGUGCUCCAAGACUGAGCACCAGAAUCAUCCCUGCGAGGGCAUCCUCGACUCGGAGGUUAGAGUGCGCCAAGAGAUGGAGUCGCUCCUUAGCAAGAGCAAGGACACGAUCGAGGCUCUGAUGAAAUCGUCGAGUGGCCUGAACAACAGCCUGGAGGAGCUGGCUCACCAACGCACCACCGCCAAAGAUCUGAUCAACGAGACCUAUCAGAGUUACAAGGCCAUUUUGGAGAAGAGCCGUGACGACGCGCUGGAGGAACUCAACAAACUGUACAGGGAACGUGAAUUGAAGAUCAUGAAGGAUAACGACGAGGUCGGACGCACCAUCGACAAUUUCGAGGACGCUUGUAAAUACACCGCUCGUCUCCUUGAAACUGGCACUGUGCCUGAAAUGAUGUAUUUGCGUAAAACGGUCUCCUCCAGACUGUCCAUGUUGAAUGGCAGUCGCCCCAAGAUUGAGACCACGUUUAACAUUGAAUUCCGUUCUGACUUUGAGGUCUUCGAGAACAUGGUGAAGGAACACUUCGGCAAGUUUACCACCGAGGCUGAGCUGCAGCCUGCUUAUCCGCCUAUCAGUUCCAACGUACCGGACAUUGCUCCCAUCGCCAUCAACGGUAACGGAACCAGUGCAAUAGUGAAUGGCUUGACAAACGGCUGCGGUGCCGCCGCCUCAGUGACAACGAGCAGUCCCAUCUCGCUGCCCGCCUCCAUGCAGUCGUCCUUCGAGGGCGAUUUGACGAACAACAUGCAAAACUUCGCAAUCAGCUCGGCCCAGAGUCCGCCGCUGCCGCCCCAAGUAGCCGCCGGUUCGUUGCAAGGUUUUAACACCAUCGCAGAGUACAAUUUGGCGCAGUUGGCUUCGCUGGCCGAGACAUCGCCGACGGCGGCCACGUCCCCAACUCAGCAAUUCACCAUAGCUGAUCUGCUCACCAAUGACACAGCCUGCAGGAAUCUGGCUUCGCUGGCCAAACUUGGACUCGGUGACAACAUCCCCAACGGUGGCAUGCUGGUCAGAUCGACGUCAACCGCCUCCCUGAACAUGACCUCGAACAACUUGAUCAACGGCUUCGGAGGCGUCUCCUCGUCCACAUCGCCGCUACUCUCCACUCCCGACGACAUAAUUCCCGAUCCUCUCAACACUAUUCUCCCUGCUACAGGCACCAACUCGGCGGCGAGCACCAUCACGCGCAGCAACAAGGUCAGCCCAAUGCAGAUCCGCUGCAAGUUCGGGCAACUCGGCCCCAGCAAGAGUCAGUUCAACUCGCCGCACGGUUUCUGCCUGGGACUGGAGGAGGACAUCAUCGUCGCCGACACCAACAACCAUCGCAUCCAGGUGUUCGAGAAGACCGGUUCGUUCAAGUUCCAGUUCGGCAUACCGGGCAAGGACGAGGGGCAGCUGUGGUAUCCACGCAAGGUGGCGGUUAUGCGUCCGUCGGGCAAGUACGUGGUCUGUGACCGUGGCAACGAGCGCUCCCGCAUGCAGAUUUUCACCAAGAACGGGCACUUCGUCAAGAAGAUCGCCAUCCGCUACAUCGACAUCGUCGCCGGGCUCGCCGUGUCCAGUCACGGUGAAAUAGUGGCGGUCGACAGCGUCAGUCCGACCGUCUUCAUCAUCGGGGAGAGCGGCGACCUCCUGCGCUGGUUCGAUUGCAGCGACUACAUGCGCGAGCCCUCCGACAUCGCCAUUCAUGGAAAGGAGUUUUACGUGUGCGACUUCAAGGGCCACAACGUGGUGGUGUUCAGCGAGGAGGGUCACUUUUUGCGUCGCAUAGGCUGCGAGAAUCUCACCAAUUUUCCGAAUGGCAUCGAUAUUUCCGACGCCGGCGACGUCUUGAUCGGCGACUCGCACGGCAAUCGGUUCCACGUCGCCGUCUUCUCACGUGACGGAUCUCUUAUAUCAGAGUUUGAGUGUCCGUACGUAAAGGUUUCCAGAUGCUGCGGCUUGAAGAUCACCUCCGAGGGUUACGUCGUCACGCUGGCCAAGAACAACCACCAUGUUCUAGUGUUGAAUACCCUGUAUAUCCUGUAAACCCCUGAGCAAAUGUUGAGAUCUCCAAGCUGUUUGAUCGUUGUUAUUGAAUCCUCAGCAAGUUAUGUGUUACCCGCCUCUUUCAAUAAGCAGUCGUGCUGUGGCAUUUAAAACAUGUUUUUGAUAGAAAUAUUUUUGAUGUGAACGUUGAUGCAGAAUGCGGCCCCCGAAGAAAAAAAUAUGGAGAAGAUGCCGGACUGAUUGACCGCAGUCGAGUCUGUCGCAUUUAUUUAUUUACAUUUGACGGUGGGCAAGUUACACGUCUCGCCACAUUCUGCAACAAGCGUAAUAAAUCUUCUGUAAUACAAUCAAUCACUACUACUUAUAUAUAUUAUAUAUUAUAUGAUAAUAUUAAUAAUCGUCUGGUUAACUCCAGCCUAUAUGUACCUUUAAGUAGCACUCUUGUUCUCUGCUUAACCUCUGAAGGAUUUUUGAAAAAUUCCCCGUGACCUUUUUUAUCUCCCAAAUUUGCUUUUGGCUAUUUAUUUAUCUACAAUCGAUAUAUUAAUUGAAUAUAAACAUAUACAUAGUUUAUGAUAAUUAUAUAUGUAUUAUUAAUUAUACUUAUAUACCCGGUGAUGUACUCGAAUUUUGGAAUUUACAACAACAAAAAAAUGCUGAUCCUGUUUGCUGACAUGUUUUUGUAAAGAAAACAGGAGCAGAAUAAUUCUUAUCCUAUAUUAUUGUAUUGCCUUAUGUUUUACAUAUGUAUAUGGUUAUUCAGGGUUACAAGAGCCAACUGAGCUCGUGUAUUUUUGGAACUGUUUUUUAUUUAAAUUGUACUGAGGUUGUUUUUAAUUUGUAAGUUAUAUUAUUGGUUUUUUGAAUAAAUAAGUAAAAAAUGUAA